CAGAGGCGCGUUCUAAUGCUCCGCCCAAUAAACCAUAGAGUACCGGAAAAAGCUCGAGCAGAGGGGUCGGAAAGGGAAAACAACGGUGGCUGCGGUGCGGUUGGUGGUGAAAUGACGACCUUAGUGCUGGAUAACGGAGCUUACAACGCCAAAAUCGGUUACAGCCAUGAAAAUGUGUCGGUUAUUCCUAAUUGUCAGUUCCGGUCAAAAACAGCACGUCUUAAAACUUUCACUGCCAACCAGAUAGAUGAAAUCAAAGACCCUUCUGGACUGUUUUACAUCCUUCCUUUUCAAAAGGGCUACUUGGUGAAUUGGGAUGUUCAAAGACAAGUUUGGGAUUACCUUUUUGGAAAAGAAAUGUAUCAGGUUGAUUUUUUAGAUACUAAUAUUAUUAUCACUGAACCGUACUUUAACUUCACUUCAAUUCAAGAAUCAAUGAAUGAAAUUCUAUUUGAAGAAUACCAGUUCCAAGCAGUUUUAAGAGUAAAUGCUGGGGCUCUCAGUGCACAUAGGUAUUUCCGAGAUAAUCCUUCCGAAUUAUGCUGUAUCAUUGUUGAUAGUGGAUAUUCCUUUACACAUAUAGUUCCUUAUUGUAGAAGUAAAAAGAAAAAGGAAGCAAUUAUUCGGAUAAAUGUGGGAGGAAAACUCUUAACCAAUCAUCUAAAGGAGAUCAUAUCUUACAGGCAGCUACAUGUUAUGGAUGAAACACAUGUGAUUAAUCAAGUGAAAGAAGAUGUAUGCUAUGUGUCUCAGGAUUUUUAUAGAGACAUGGAUAUUGCAAAGUUGAAAGGAGAAGAAAAUACAGUAAUGAUAGACUAUGUCUUGCCUGACUUCAGUACAAUUAAAAAGGGCUUUUGUAAGCCAAGGGAAGAGAUGGUGUUGAGUGGAAAAUACAAAUCUGGGGAACAAAUUCUUCGUUUAGCCAAUGAGAGAUUUGCUGUUCCAGAAAUACUCUUUAAUCCUUCUGAUAUAGGCAUUCAAGAAAUGGGAAUUCCAGAAGCUAUUGUCUAUUCAAUUCAGAAUCUACCUGAAGAAAUGCAGCCGCAUUUUUUUAAGAACAUUGUCUUGACAGGAGGAAAUUCCCUUUUCCCAGGAUUUAGGGAUCGGGUUUACUCAGAAGUUCGAUGUCUUACUCCAACAGAUUAUGAUGUUUCUGUUGUGCUGCCUGAAAACCCUAUUACUUAUGCCUGGGAAGGUGGAAAAUUGAUAUCAGAGAACGAUGAUUUUGAAGAUAUGGUGGUAACAAGAGAAGAUUAUGAAGAAAAUGGACAUAGCGUCUGUGAAGAGAAAUUUGAUAUUUAAGCAACAUUUUUGAAUGAAAGUCUUGACUAGUUGUGACCGUAAGGUUUAAUUUCAAAAUUCCUUUUAAAAGAGGUUAAGGAACUGUGUUACCUUUCAUCCUAAGAAAGAGGCUUGAAUUUAUAAAUACUUUGAUUGAUUGCUAAUUUUCAAAGGCUUUUUAUGUAGGUUAUUACAGUAAACUGUAACUCAGUCCACAUUUUCAUUUAGGAGCUAGACUACCAUAACAAUGCUUAUGCUGUUUCCAAGGGUAGGUUAUUUUUCAUUAAAAGAAGAAAGAAUGAAUGCAUUUUAAAUUUAAUUCUUCAUAGGUGAAAGCACAAAUUUAACUGCUUCACUGGACAGUUUUCCUUAGAAGGUAGUUUUGUGUGACUGUGACUAAAGUAUUUUAUUUAAAAAUUGUCAUUCUUAUUUAUACAUUCUAAAGUUGGAAAGACUGAUCUUAUAUGUGUAUAAUGUUUAUUUUGUACCUAGAGUACAUUUAAAAGGGUGGAGACUAAGCUAAUAAAGUUUUUUUGGUCACUA